AUGGUUUCCAUCCCUGAAUACUAUGAAGGAAAGAACGUCCUCCUGACAGGAGUUACAGGCUUCUUGGGAAAAGUGCUUCUGGAAAAACUGCUCAGGUCUUGUCCUAAAGUGAAAGCAGUAUAUGUAUUGGUAAGAAACAAAGCAGGGCAGAUGCCUGAAGAAAGAAUAGGGGAAAUUACCAGCUGCAAGCUCUUUGAUAGGUUGAGAGAAGAACAGCCAGACUUCAAAGCAAAAAUAAUAGUAGUUUUGAGUGACCUUACACGGCCUGAACUGGACCUUGCUGAACCAAUCAAGGAAGAACUUAUAAACUGCGUUAAUAUUAUAUUUCAUUGUGCUGCCACAGUCAGAUUCAAUGAAACACUAAGAGAUGCUGUUCAGUUAAACGUGACUGCCACACAACAGCUCCUCUUCCUGGCACAGCGAAUGAAGAACCUAGAAGUGUUCAUGCAUGUAUCGACUGCCUAUGCAUACUGCAAUCGAAAACAGAUUGGGGAAGUAGUUUAUCCACCUCCUGUUGAUCCCAGGAAACUGAUAGAUUCCCUUGAGUGGAUGGAUGAUAGCCUCGUGAAUGCAAUUACUCCUAAGCUGCUGGGUGACAGACCUAAUACUUACAUAUACACAAAAGCCUUAGCUGAAUAUAUGGUACAACAAGAAAGUUCAAAAUUAAACAUAGCCAUUAUAAGGCCAUCUAUUGUUGGUGCUAGCUGGAAGGAGCCUUUUCCUGGAUGGAUUGAUAACUUCAAUGGACCUAGUGGUCUUUUUAUUGCUGCAGGAAAAGGAAUUCUUCGAACAAUGAGAGCUUCCAACAGUGCAGUAGCAGAUCUUAUUCCUGUAGAUGUUGUUGUCAAUGCGACACUGGCUGCAGCCUGGUAUUCUGGAGUUAAUAGACCAAGAAAUGUCAUGGUAUACAACUGUACAACAGGUGGUACCAAUCCUUUCCACUGGAGUGAAGUUGAAUACCAUGUAAUUUCUACUUUCAAGAGGAAUCCUCUCGAACAGGCCUUCAGACGGCCCAAUGUAAAUCUAACUUCCAAUCACCUUUUAUAUCAUUACUGGAUUGCUGUAAGCCAUAAGGCCCCAGCAUUCCUGUAUGAUAUCUACCUCAGGAUUACUGGAAGAAGCCCAAGGAUGAUGAAAACAAUAACACGUCUUCAUAAGGCCAUGAUGUUGUUAGAAUACUUUACAAGCAAUUCUUGGAUCUGGAAUACUGAAAAUAUGACUAUGCUAAUGAACCAACUAAACUCUGAAGACAAAAAGCACUUUAAUUUUGAUGUUCGACAACUACACUGGGCAGAAUACAUGGAAAAUUACUGUAUGGGAACAAAGAUAUAUGUGUUAAAUGAAGAAAUGUCUGGCCUUCCUGCAGCUAGGAAACACUUGAAUAAGUUAAGGAAUAUACGCUAUGGCUUCAAUACAGUUCUUGUGAUCCUGAUCUGGCGUGUCUUCAUUGCAAGAUCACAAAUGGCAAGAAAUAUCUGGUACUUUGUGGUUAGUCUGUGUUACAAGUUCCUCUCGUACUUCAGAGCCUCCAGUACUAUGAGAUAUUGAAGAAGAGAAUUUAAUAUUAGGACAUCUAUGCAUAUGGUGGUCUAACUGCACAAAGCCUGUAACAUGUAGUCAUCUCAUUUUGUGAAAGCAUAAUUUCAUCUUCAAUUGGAGUGCAAAUUCUAUGGUAUGGUAUGUGUAAUGUUAGUUGUGUAUCUUCCUGGAAACAUAAAAUAAAAUGGCCAAGUGCCAGGUUGAAU